UCUUGUGAACGACGGCACGCGCACACGCUGAACGCACGCGCACAGCAACUCGAGAGCGCGCCGUUAGCGUCUGUUAGCAUAAGCCUGUUUACUGCAGUAAAACCUCUCCCGAUGGACUGACAACGUGUCAGAGUCUCCAGAGGCUGUAUCGGUGAAGGCGAUGGCGCAUCAGCAGCUCCUCCUGGGCUCUCCGUCUCCUCCAGACGCACCUCUCUCCGAUCACGACUCUGGGCUGGAGGAUGAAGAUGAAAACACCACCACAGACUCCACCAUCUAUGUGGCUUUCAAAGGGAACCUGCAUGACGAGGACUUUCAGGAGAAGCUGGACGCCAUCUUAAACAGGAUGCCAGAUAUGCUGCUGCUAGGUAAGAAGAAGCUGGAGCCGGAGCGCGUGGAGCCGUGGAACAGUGUCCGUGUCACAUUCAACAUCCCCAGAGAGGCGGCAGAGCGACUACGGCUCCUGGCCCAAAACAACCAGCAGCAGCUGCGGGAUCUGGGCAUCCUGUCCGUGCAGAUCGAGGGUGAAGGAGCUAUUAAUGUUGCGGUUGGACAAGGCCAGAGUCAAGAAGUCAGGGUAAAUGGACCGCUCGGUGCGCCUCCUCAGAUGAGAAUGGAUGCUGGUUUCCCCAUGCAGCAGGGUCAAGUUGGAAUGCGAAUGAAUAACCCUGCGGUGUCCAUGAUGCCUCCUGGGGCUAGUAUGCCAGGACAGGGUAUGGUACCGAAUAGUGCUGGACAGAUGCAGCCAAGAGCACCAAGACCACCUUCCCAGACAGGCAAUGACACAAUGGAUCCCAUGCUGUCAGGACUGGCCUUACAGCAACAGCAACAACAGCUCCAGCAUCCUCAAGUGGGACAUGGUCCACUCGGCAACUUGGGCCCGCAGGGACAUCACAUGCAAGCCAUGCAGGCAAACCGGCAGUUGAAUCCAGCAGUGCUACAGCAACUUCAGCAACAACAACAGCAGCAGCACCAACAGCAGCAGGUUCAGCUGGCUCAAUUAGGCGGUGCACGUGGGCCUUUCAACCCCACCAACCAGAUGCCUGUACCUCCUGGCUGGAACCAGUUGCCCUCUGGUGUUCUUCAACCUCCACCUGUCCAGGGCCCAAUGGGACCAGGCUGGAGAAAAGCUCCACCACAGCCACAAAUGGGGCAGCGUCCACCCUCGUUGGCGUCUGUCCAGACGCCCAAUCAUCCACCACCACCAUACCCAUUUGGAAGCCAGCAGGCUGGACAAGUUUUUAAUGCAAUGCCACCACAUCAGUUGCAACAACAACAGCAGCAGCAGACAGGACCAAACCAGUUUGCAACCCCUCAGCCCAAAGGCCCUCAGGGAGCACCAGGUGUAGUCGUGUCAAGAGCACCUCCUCCUCUGCCUCCCUCUUCUGCUCCACAAGGGAAUCUCGCAGCCAAGUCUCCUGGUUCCUCGUCAUCUCCUUUCCAACAAGGCUCACCUGGAACUCCUCCAAUGAUGGGACAGGGGCAACUUGGUUCUCGUCCUACAACUCCACAGGGAUUUAGACAAGGUGUUGGAUCUCCAGGAAGAGCCGUGAUGGGUCAGCAAGGAAACAUGCAGCCUGGCUUUAUGGGCAUUCCACAGCAUGCACAGCUUGCUCAAGGUGGUAUGGGAGGUAUGCCUAAGCGAAUGCCAAUGGGGUUCCCAAAUACUUCUGUUAAUCAGAACUUUGCACCAGGUCAGGUUACUACCACUGGAGCAGGUAGUACACCCCAACUACAAAAUAAUCAAAGCAUGGCAAAUGCUGGAGUCCAGUCUUCAGCCUCAGCACCAAACCACAUGCAAUCAAAUCCCCUUCAAGGCACUGGAAUGGCACACCACACUGGGAUGCCAGCCCAACCCCCAGGCACCACCUCAGGUAGUACCAUGGGACAACCUCAGCAAGGACUUCAGACUCAAAUGAUGGGUGUACCACAGACUCAGCAUCAAACACAAACGGUAGUGUCCUCCCAAAGUCAAAUGGCACAAAGCCAAGCAGGGGGCCAGACUGUCCUGUCUAGGCCAGUGAAUGCCGGUCAAAGAGGAAUGACCCCGCCCAAGCAAAUGAUGCCACCGCAGGGUCAAGGGAUCAUGCAGAAUCAAAACCAAAUCAGUGCUGGACCAGGACAUCAGGCCUUAUUGCUGCAGCAGCAACAACAACAGCAACAACAACAACAGCAGCAGCAGCAACAACAGCAGCAAAAUGCAAUGAUGGAACACAUUGUAGCUAGUCAGAUGCAGAGUAACAAGCAAGCAUUUGGCUCAAAAGCUCAGCCUGGGGUUAUACCAGGCCAGAUGAUGAGAGGUCCAUCACCCAACAUUCAAGGUAAUUUGGCAGAGUUCCAAUCUCAGAUGGGUCAGCAACAGAUGACUCCGCAACAGCAUCAGCAACAACAACAACAACAGCAGCAGCAGCAGCAACUGGUUCACUUGCAACAACAGCAGCAAUUACAGCAACAGCAACUUCAGCAACAACAAUUACAACAGCAGCAACUACAACUGCAACACCAACAGCCUCAACAGACACAAAUACAGCAACAACAACAACAGCUGCAGCAACCCCAUCAACAAAUGGUACAACAACAGUCUCAACAAAUUCCAAUAAAUGGCAAUCCCAACCAAGUAUUGGGCAUGCAUGGGCCUCAAAUGCGCCUUCCAGGAAAUCACCAUUUAGUACAACAACAGCUUCAGCAAAAACAACAGCAGGUGAUGCUGCAGCAGCAACAAGCUGGUCAGCAACAUCAGCAUCAACUUGGAGAUGGUGGUGGAAGUGGUGAUAUGGGCCAGCAGAUGGUUCAAGACCUGCAGAAUCAGCAGCAACAGCAGGCCAUGAUGGGCGGCUCUCAACAUUUACAGGUCGGCAAUGGCCAGUUUCCUGGUCAUGGCAUGUCCUUCAAUCCUCAAUUUCCUGGUCAGAUGCCAAUAGGAGUCCAGUGUGGGCAAGCAGGUGGAUUUCAAGUAAACAAAGAUGUGACGUUAACUAGUCCCUUGUUAGUAAAUCUUCUCCAAAGUGAUAUUUCUGCCAGCCAGUUUGGUCCCGGCGGGAAGCAAGGAGCAGGUGGGGCUGCUGGUAACCAGGCCAAGCCCAAAAAGAAGAAACCUCCUCGUAAGAAAAAACCAAAAGUAGGUGAAGGACAACAGUCUGCUGAUAGUAUGUGUGGUCUGGAUUCACUGCCUCAUGGAAUGGAGGAAACAGAGAUGCAAGGGAUGGGUAGUGAUCAAGGGACUGGCAUUGACUCUAACUCCAAACUAUCUGAGUUUUCUAACCGACCAGGUCUGCCUGGUCAGUCUGGAGAUCAAAGGGUAUUACAGCAAAUGCCUAUGCAGUUUAUGCCCCCACAGCAGCAGCAACAGAUGCAGCAAAUGCAGCAGCAACAGUUACAACAGCAGCAGCAACAAAUGCAACAGCAACAGAUGCAACAGCAGCAUCAACAGAUCCAGCAACAGCAAAUGCAACAGCAACAGAUGCAAAUGCAGAGUAUGCAGGGUCCUCAAGGUCAAGCUGGAACAUCACAAGGGCCCCAUCAUGUCCAGACCCAGAUUCAUUCACAACAGUCAAUGCAAAUGCAGCAACAGCAGCCACCACAACAUCUCCAACAGCAACUACAGUCACAGCCACAACAGCAGCAACAACAGGUACAGCAGCAACAACAAGCCCAACAGCAACAACAUCAGCACCAGCAACAACAGAUGAUGUUGAUGCUUAAAAUGCAGCAAGAAGCAAAGAAUCGAAUGCCACUACAGCAAGGUGGGCACAUGUCAAAGGGUCUAGUGAAUCCCAAUGAUCCAUCUCAGAGAAUGCCUGUAUCACAGCCUGGCAGCAUUCCUUUAAUGAUUGAUCUUCAAGGGCAUGGAGGUGUCCCACCCUCUCCUGAUAAAGCCAGGGGCAUGCCACUCAUGGUGAAUCCUCCUCUAGCUGGACCAGCAAGAAGGACACCACUUACAGAGGUUGGACAACCAACACCACCGGAGGACAUUUCUGGAAACCAUAGCUUACAGGACCGAGGACCCCCUGAAAUUGGUCAACAAUCAGGAAAUGGAAAUCAGCCAAUCAUUUCCAACCAAGGUUCUAAUACACAUUUAAUGAAAUCUGUGCCAUUAUCAGUGCCCCACCAGACAGGAGCUAGUCCGCAACAGCAGCCUCAGCAAUCUCAUAAUAUUCACUUUCCCAGUGCUCCCCCAACAUCCCAAAGUUCUCGCCCUAAAACCCCAAAUCGAGCCAGUCCCCGACCAUAUCACCACCCUUUAACUCCAACCAACCGUCCACCUAGCACUGAACCUUCUGAAAUAAAUCUGUCCCCUGAGAGACUGAAUGCCUCCAUUGCUGGUCUUUUCCCUCCAAAGAUUAACAUUCCUCUGCCACCACGGCAGCCAAACCUUAACCGAGGCUUUGAUCAGCAAGGUCUUAACCCAACUACUCUUAAAGCAAUUGGCCAAGCCCCACCAAGCCUAGCAACUCUUCCUGUCAAUAACAAUUCCAGUGGCAGUAAUAAUGGCCCACAGUCUUAUCCAGCAGGGGGUGGCCUAGGAAACUCUGGAGGAAAACAAGACAAACAGACGGGGGUUGGACAAGCUAAAAGGGCUAGUCCCAGUAACAGUCGACGAUCUAGCCCUGCCUCAAAUAGAAAAGCUGCCACUCCAAGCCCAGGAAGACAGAAGGGUGCCAAAGCUUCAUUGACAUCACCACAUCAACAGACAAUGAUGGUUAGUCCACCAAACAUGAUGGUUAGCCCCACUUCAGUGGUCUCAACUACUUCUGCAUCUUUGCCACCAGCAGGUCCUGGAGAGUCACAGCAGAGUUUAAGUUCUCUGCAAACCCUACCCAACAUCACUGAUACAGUUAAAGAUGGCCAUGUACUUGCUACACAACCAGAGCAGCAUCAGGGAGUUCAUUUAAAAGAGCACCCUGCCCCUAAAAUGGCAAGCCCGCGGGUGCCACCUCAGGAACCCAAACGGCAAGAGUCUAGCAAUUUGGUUGAACAGCGUACUGAUGAUAAACAACAAUCUCGGACAAUGUCACAACAUGACCUUAGCUCUGCUGUAUCACCAGCUUUUCGAGAUGCUCCAACAUCUCUGAAUCAGUUAUUGGACAAUACAGGAACACCAACUUUGCAAAUGAAAUCACAAAAUACUCAUCCAGUAGGUGUAGUCCAUGUGCAGAAAGAGAGCCCCCAUGCUCCACUAGCUCAAGAGAACCAAUCUAAUCCUGUUGUCUCUCAGAGCUUAAAUAUUGGUGCAUCUUUGCUCACUAGUGAAGUGGAGCAGAAACCUAAAUCUGCUGCAGUGUCAAGUCCAAAUCUUAUCCCUGGCAGCACAGCAAACUUGCCAUCUGUUAGUGCUGUGUCAAGUGUUAGUUCAAACCAAGCUGUGCUGUUAAGCCUUACUUCAAUUUCCAACCCUUCAGUAAGUUCGAAUCAUAAUCUCAUACCCAUCUCAAAUGCAACUCAAACUGUCUUACAAAGACCCAUCUCAUCAGCACAAACUCCACAAAACCAGAUCACAGUCUUUGUAACCUCCAAUCCAAUUAGCUUUGCUACCAACACUGCUUCUGUAGUUCCUUCUGCUGUUGUUUCCAAGGUGCUGGCAGUUCCCAAUAAGAACAUUAGGACUCCAGAUGUUCGUCAGCCAAAUCCUAACCAAUCAAGUCCACAGUUCAUCACUGGAACUGUUUUUUCAAAAUUCCAAGCUACAUCUGUUCCAUCAAAUACUAACGUCAUGUCUCAGCCUGUCACAAUGGUUGGUCCUUUAGUCUCUGCAAAUAUCCAACUUACUCCCACCCCAAUGUCCACUACGUCAGCACCUUCUGCACCAGCAUCAACACCUAUGCCGACACACUCCCCUGCUGUCAGCAUUGCUACUACCCAGCAGAACCGCACUUUCAUUGGGCAGCUUCAAGUUCAAGUUCCUGCAAGCCAGGCUUCCCCUGUAAGCGUAGUACCUCCACCUCAGCAGCCAAGCCCUGGAGGUCCGAAACAGGAUGGUGUUUCUGAUGCUAGUGGCUCGAAACCUAGUCCUGUUGGGCAGUCACCCGUUCAUUCUGGCAUGUCCUCGCCCUUUCAGCAGCUUUUAGCCUCUCCACCUGCUUGCUCUAGCCCAGGGCCUACAACUGUAUCCCGGAGAAGUCCACUGCCUACAACAGCAACAAUGCCAGCCAAAAGCAGUCCAGUUCAGAGUGCUUUAAGCAAAAAUACUGCACUGACCAAUCCUUCAAACAAUGAAAAUGAUCUAAAAGAGUGCAUUGCUGUUGCUCAAUUAGGAAAACCAUUGGAGGUUGCCACAUCUCAAGUCUCUUCUGUGGUUACAUCUGAAACCGUAUCUUCAGUCCAGGCUUCUGCUCCAGUGACAGUUCCAGCGGCUCCUAUAGCAUCUCAACAGACCGCACUUCCUCCAAAAGUUUCUUCUCCUAAACCCACACCCACUAAUACUUCAGUUCCUACUUCUUCAUUAGUGUCUAAUAUGCCACCCCCAACCUCUGCCUCUGGAACGCUUCAACUCUCUAGUGUUGUUGCCAGUUCUUCUCCACUCUCUAGUUUGCCGCCAGUUUCAGUUGCUGCAUCUGCUGCUGCUGUUCCAGCAUCUCUCACUACAACUUCUGGCUCCUCCACAUCUACACAGCUCUCUGGUGAACCGCAGCCACUCUCAGUGCCAGAGACUAGUGCACCUGACACCACUGAAACAAAAGAAGCACCUGCCGAUGCUCCUAACAUCUCAGGACAAGGUGUUACCACUGCAGCAGAGCAAGGAUGGGCAAAGAAAAGAAAGACGCCCGUCAACUUAGCCCCAAGGGAUACAAGGGCCUCCACUGAGAAGGCUAAAGGUCCUAGUCGACGAAGCUCACGAACAGACAAGGAGCCCGAAGAGGAAGCAUCUGACAACGGACAGAGAAAAAGAGCUGCUCGGCCUGGCUCGGCUUCUUCUAACACGGGAAAAGAAUCAAACACUGGAGCCAGUCCCACCCAGGCAAAGCGAAGGAAGUCGAAGUAAUCCCGACAGCUGAAUAAACCUGUGAAUUGUACAUUAUUAGUAGUUUUAUCUGCUGUUUUUUUCCUAUUGCUCUAAGGUAAACCUGUACAGAAAGUUUUUUCUUCCUAUUUUUAAUCAUGAUACUGUAUUUUGUCUCUGGCUACUAGAUGAGAUCACGUGUAGAACUGUGUAGGAUGUGUUUGUACGUCAUUGUUUUGGUGUGACAUUUUUUUUUAUUAUUAUUAAUAUUCAUCUAUUCUGGAUUAAUCAUGUGAGGCAGACUUAAAAUCACAUCUGCAGCAUCACAAUGUUAAUAAUGUGACCGAAUGAGAAUUUUAACGAUCCCCCCCCCCCCAUCAUGAAUUAAUUGUGCAUUUCAAUACUGUCAGCACCCGCGUUCACUCAUUUAGCCCCCUGAAUCACAUGCAUUAAACUAUUUUUACAAGUGUA